CUGCUAGUGCUAGAACAAUCCCAUCCGACCCAAAUCAAUAAAACCACCAAAAAAAGAAAAAUUGUCUGAAGUCUGAAUUCUAGCGUUGGAGUUGUUGAGUUCAACUUCCAUGGCGCUGCCCAAGUCCCUCUUCUUCUCGUCUUGCUCUUCUCCCGUUGGUCUCCGACGAUCCGGAAUUUCCGAUUCCGAUUUUGCUCCUCACUUCUCUUCUAUCGAGUCCUCCGUAAUCCGCAACAACUUUUCUGGGUGUGGCAUUAUAACCAAUUUCUCUGCCAAAAAGAACGUCGUUUAUGCUGCUAAUGAGGGUCCCAACGCUGUUAGUUCAACCUCAUUGAAGACUGACCAAGAUGCUGAUUAUAUUCCAAUGCCAAUAGUUUUGAUUGAUCAAGAUUCAGAUUCAGAGGCAACAAUUGUGCAGUUGAGUUUUGGAGAUCGUCUGGGUGCUCUCAUUGACACAAUGAGGGCAUUGAAAGAGUUGGGAUUAGAUGUGGCAAAGGGAACUGUUCUCACUGAAGGAUCAGUCACACAAACAAAAUUUUUCAUCAUGCGAUUAGACACUGGGCGCAAAGUAGAAGAUCCUGAUAUGUUAGAGAGAAUUCGACUCACCAUUAUAAAUAAUCUUUUGAAGUACCAUCCGGAAUCUAGUGAGCAACUUGCUAUGGGUGAGGCUUUUGGAGUAAAGGCUCCAGAGAAGAAGCUUGAUAUCGACAUUGCUACUCGUAUACAUGUCAAGGAAGAUGGACCCAAGAGGAGCUUGCUUUGUAUAGAGACAGCAGAUCGACCUGGACUGCUUGUAGAGAUUAUCAAAAUCAUUACUGAUGUCAACAUUGAUGUGGAGUCAGCAGAAAUUGAUACAGAGGGAUUGGUAGCGAAAGACAAGUUUCAUGUCAGCUACAGAGGAGCAGCUUUAAAUAGUUCCUUGUCUCAGGUGUUGGUGAACUGCCUGCGAUAUUACCUCAGAAGGCCAGAAACCGAUAUCGAUAGUUACUAAUACUUGAAGAAGCACCAUGUACACCACAUGUACAGGUUCUUGUACCAAUUCAUGCAUUUGGGCUUGAGGAUAUUGAAUUUUUUUUUUUCUAGAUUUAUGAAUUCAUGUUGCCCAAUGCAUCUUGGAUGUCUUGAAAAUUGAGACUCGUAUUCGAGUUGUUCCCAUGUGAAAGUGACGUGUUGAUUACCAGCAAAUAAUAUAAUGAAAGCGAGAUGUUAGACUUCUGAUGCA